AUGGAUGAGGAGGAGAUUCCCGGCACCUGGCGUUUGGUCGACCAUGGAGAUAUCAUCCUCUCCCCGACUCCGACCAAAUCUCCCAACGACCCGCUCAAUUGGUCCUGGCCACGCAAGUACUGGCAUGCGAUAUUAGUUUGCUUCCUUGCUGGUCUCACUGCCGCUACGUCGAACGAUGCCGGAUCGGCUUCCACCGGUCAGAAUGAGGAAUUGGGCAUCUCCUACGGGAGCGAGAACACCGGUGCGGGCAUUCUCUUCGUGACCAUUGGAGUGGCCACCUACGUCCUCUCCCCGAGCUCUUGGUUGUAUGGCCGACGUAUCACUUACCUGAUCUGUUUGGUGAGUGGUCUUGUCGGUGCGAUUUGGUUUGCCAAGGUUGAGAACGCUUCCGACUCCAUCUGGAAUCAACUCUUCGUCGGAGCGUCCGAGGCCUGCGCCGAGGCAAAUGUGCAGCUGUCCCUGACAGACCUGUUUUAUGAACACCAACUCGGCCGGGUGAUUGGUUUCUACGUCGCCGCCACUUCCAUUGGUACCUACCUGGGGCCGUUGAUCGCAAGCUACGUUGCUGAUAGUCCGCUCGGGUGGCGUUGGAUUGGCUGGCUGGCAGUUAUUAUCGGUGCCGCCACCAUCGUGAUCUGUUACUUUACCCUCGAAGAGACUGUCUUUGAGCGCCCGCCCGAGGACGCGACCCCGAUCAUUCACUGCACAAAUAAGACCGAGGAGGAUCCUGAACUAGCCCGCAAGGAGGCAGAUGGGACCGCCGUAGGCCCGAUGAACAGUAACAGCAACACCGGCUCUGAUAUCGCUCCCGAUGUGACCGAGCUUGAGGACAAACCCAAGUCGUACUGGCAGCGCAUCGCCAUCAUUACGCCCGCAUCAAACCUCAAGGGCACGGGGUUCAAGCAGUACGUCUCACGGCUGUACCAUACGCUUCGUCUCUUUACCUUCCCCGCCAUCCUCUUCUCUGGCAUUCAAUGGGGCGCUCAAGACGCAUGGUUGUCGUUCUACCUCACUCUGGAGGAAGACAAUUGGAUCGAAGGGCCUUGGUAUUACGGCGAUGCCGCCGUCGGGAUCAUGGAGGUCCCCUGUAUCAUCGGGGCGGUGAUUGGUUGUUUCUACGGUGGCUAUCUCUCUGACAUCUUCGUCCUGUGGGCUGCGCGGCGCAAUGGCGGCAUGCGCGAAGCCGAGCAGCGGCUUUGGUUCUUGAUCCCCUGUGCUUUCAUUAGCACUGCGGGUAUGCUGCUCUUCGGCCUCGGAACUGGGCAUGGCUGGUCAUGGCCCGUCCCGUACGUUGGUCUGGCAUUCAUUGGCUUUGGAUGGGGUUGUGUCGGGGAUUUGAGCAUGACUUAUGCGGCCGAAUGCUACAGCUCAUGCGUGUUAGAAGGAAUGGCCUGCAUCUCCUUCAUCAACAAUAUCAUCGCGUGCAUUUUCACCUUCUGUGCGGAACCCUGGCUUGACCACGGCGUUAACUCAACUUUUAUCGCCCUGGGAGUGUUGGAUUUUGCAAUCAUCAUGCUGACGCUACCCAUGAUCUACUGGGGCAAGUCGUGUCGCAAGUGGACCAACCAGCGGUAUAUUACCUUCCUCGAGAUGAGAGAUUCGAUCUGA